UGUCAGAACAUUCUUGAAAUGUCCCCGUAUGUGCGUUGUGUGUGUGUGUGUGUGAGAGAGAGUCUGUGUCGUCACGGGGCGAAGGGCGGUGCCCCCAGGUAAGCACAUCAGCACCCUCCACAUCACAAACACACGCCCAGAGCAGCACACAGAGGAGGCACAGUACUGAGAGUAGCCGAGACUCCCUGGAGCCAGACACACACUUCCCUCCGCUCAGGCUAAGGACGGAGCUCACAGAGAAGGAGGCAAAAACAGCCGCAAUAUUUGGAAACAUCGAAACAAGGAAGUUGGAUACAGAACACAGCGGGAAGCAUGUUCAGCUGGGUCAAACAGGAGCAGGGUGGCAGCAACAAAGAAGGAGAGAUGUACCAGACCGUUACGGAGGGACUGCAGACUCUUUACACCAAGAAGCUGCUGCCGCUGGAAGAGACCUAUCUCUUCCAUGACUUCCACUCCCCGGCCCUAGAGCCUGCUGACUUCCAGAGUAAACCCAUGGUACUGCUGGUCGGCCAGUACUCCACUGGGAAAACCACCUUCAUCAGGUAUCUACUGGAACAAGAUUUCCCUGGGAUGCGGAUCGGUCCUGAGCCAACCACUGAUGGCUUUAUAGCAGUGAUGCAUGGUGAAAAUGAGGGGGUUGUCCCAGGCAAUGCUCUAGUCGUCGACCCCAAGAAACCCUUCAGGAAACUCAACGCGUUUGGAAACUCCUUCCUCAACAGGUUUAUCUGCUCCCAGAUGCCCAAUCAGGUUCUUCAGAGCAUCAGCAUCAUUGAUACUCCUGGUAUCCUGUCUGGAGAGAAACAACGAAUCAGCAGGGGUUAUGACUUUGCUGAGGUCCUGCGUUGGUUUGGAGAGCGAGUGGACCGGAUCAUUCUCCUCUUUGAUGCACACAAGCUGGACAUCUCAGAUGAGUUUUCAGAGGCCAUCAAAGCUUUCAAGGGUCAAGACGACAAGAUCCGAGUCGUCCUCAACAAGGCAGACCAGGUGGACACCCAACAGCUCAUGCGGGUGUAUGGCGCCCUCAUGUGGUCACUGGGGAAGGUGAUCAACACUCCAGAGGUGGUGAGAGUUUAUCUCGGGUCCUUCUGGGCCAAACCGCUGCAAAACACAGAGAACAGGCGUCUGUUCGAGGCAGAGUCUCAGGACCUGUUCCGGGACAUCCAGAGUCUUCCCAGGAAUGCUGCUCUCCGUAAACUCAACGACUUGAUCAAGAGGGCGAGGUUGGCCAAGGUGCAUGCCUACAUUAUCAGCUACCUGAAGAAAGAGAUGCCAUCUCUGUUUGGACGGGAAAAGAAGAAGGACGAACUGAUCCAGAGACUCCCGGAGAUCUACACCGUCCUACAGAGAGAGCACCACAUCAGCCCUGGAGACUUCCCCAAUGUCACUAAGAUGCAGGACAUGCUGCAGCACUAUGACUUCAGUAAGUUCCCAUCUCUGAAGGUGAAGCUGAUUGAGAAGGUGGAUAAAAUGUUAGCCUCAAAGAUUGCUGUUCUUAUGGCGAUGAUCCGGGAGGAGGAGGCCAAGCAGCCUCCUGCCAUGGUGUCAGGUGGUGCCUUUGAGGGCUCCCAGGAUGGGCCCUUUGGUCAGGGCUACGGUGAGGGGAUCAGUGCUGGGGCUGACGCUGAAGAUUGGAUUGUCAGCCGGGACAAGCACCGUUACGAUGAGAUCUUCUACACUCUGAUGCCUAUCAACGGCAAGAUAACUGGCGUCAAUGCCAAGAAAGAGAUGAUGAACUCUCGGCUGCCCAACACUGUGCUAGGGAAGAUCUGGAAGCUGGCCGACUGCGACCAGGAUGGCAUGCUGGACGACGAGGAGUUUGCCCUCGCUCAGCAUCUCAUCAAGAUCAAACUGGAGGGUUACGAGCUGCCCACUGAGCUCCCCAACCACCUGGUGCCCCCAUCCCACCGCAAAAACCCUACUGCAGAUGCCUUGUACAAUCAUAUUGAGGACUAGAGUGCUCACAGGACGCCAAGCAAGCUGCUGAAGAGAGACUGGGCAGAGAAGAGGUGUAAAAAUGUAAAGAACCAUCACAGGUGAACGUGUCUGCUGCUGCUCGUUGAACAAACAGGAGAACAAAUGGGCCACCUAAUGCUACACAAGGUCAAAGGGUAAGGUUUUGUUGGAUACAUUCACUAAGACGAUGCAUUAGAGCCUAAUAAUGCUUGACAUUUUCAGGCAGCAGUCAAACAAAGCACUUUUAUUUUGAUAAUAUUUUACAUAAUGAGCAUUUCAGCUGAUUUAAUUGCAUUAAAGAAGAAAAGUGACAAAGUUCUUGUAUAAUAUAGCCACAUUUGCCUAAUUCUGGUUUCACCAUUCACUUUAAUUUCUGAAGGACGGCAAGUUCAUAUUCAUAUAUUCAUGUUUAGCCUUGAAAACCGACUAUCCGAAGGUAACAGUUAGUGCUAGGGUGCAGUUUAUUCAUUUUACUGCAACAUAUUUCAAAGGACAUCACUUGCACAAAACUUUAGAUGCAAGUUUAAAUGCAUACUUGCUGGUGUUCAUAAUAUCUUUCUGGAUUUUUCCCCAUCCUUUAAGCUGUUCCGGCUUUAUCCUAAAAGGUCUUCACAGUUACACAACAAUGACAGUUAUUCUCCUUCACAGAAAAACACUGCUAAACUGACUGAAACACCUGGCAGUCCAGGCUGUAGCAAAUCUCUAUUCUGUUAAAAACAUUUGUAGCACUAUGGAAACUUCGUCUUUAAACGCUUUUAGAUAAAAAUACCAAAGAUGUGUCUUGAUGAUGACAUUAUGCAAAAAAUAAAUAAAUAAAAAAAAUAAGUUAAUGAAAUAAAAAUUAAUAAAAUCUAACAUUUUACACAAUCGCAAUGGCUCCAGCAGCAUCACAACAAACUAAAGCUGGGGAGUAAAAGCUGACAUAGUAUGUAUUGCAAUCAGAAGCUGUAACAUAACUUUAUUCCCACUCCAUGUAGGCCUCACAGUGAGGUCAGAGGUCAUAGUCUGCAGCUCAGUGCUAAUUUGCUCACAGGGAUAGACAGUGUCCUGAAAUGCAGUUGUCAGUAUGUGCUCAAUUGAUUCUGUUUCCUGACAUUGUAUAAUGAAAAGGACAGGAGGAGAGCCAUGACCUCUGAUCUUAUAAUAGCAAGACUGAAAACUUCAGCGUCUGGUCUUAACAUCACCAUUCAAAGAAAAAUUUUAAACAGGAAACACAGUUUGCAGGAAAUAGGUUUGUUGUCUUGUUAUUUCUUUCUUCUUUUCUUUUUUUUAAAUGUCAAAUUUCAAAUGAGAUUACAUCAGAACAAAAUAAGAUAUCGCAACACAUUUUUGCAUCCCACCUGAGACAUAAAACACUCAACAACAUAACCCAAACCUAAAAACCCAGCAACAAAAUUAGCAGUGACUUCCAACUAUUGGUUUGAAAAACAAUUAGAUAAAAUUAUAGAGGAUUUUUAACAGAUAAGAUAAGUGGGAGAAGGUAACUCAUGCGGUUUUUAUGGUUAAAUAAAUGUCUGAAAUUGUAUUUUCUGAUAUAUAUAAAUGAAUUAUACCUUUAAAACCACAGCAGAUGUAAAGGGAAGACGUUCCAUAUCAGUGCCUUUUCAUUUCAAAGGCUUUUAGUUUGUCAGAAUACAUUCUUUUAAUUUGACAUUGUCACCAUGUUGCUGUUUUUAAGUUGUGUUUAAAGGCCUCUGUUCCUAUGACAGGACUGUGGUUAUCCUUGAGGUUUUUACAGGAGGUCUGCUGCACAUCAGUGCUUUUAACAUGCAACUGUCAGUGCAUUUAAUUUCCAAGCCCGUCUACAAUAAAUUAUAUUCAUAUGUUACUAAUACUGUUUUUAACAUCCAUUUUCAUCUGCUUAUCUAAUUCAGGGUUAUCAUAUAAUGUAAGUUAAGUGUAAGGUUCAGUGCCCUUAAAAGGAGGAGGAGGUGGGGUGGAAGGAGUUGUCACAAUAGGCAAAAAAGUUCUUUAGUUAAAGUUUGAGGAAGAUGACGGUUUCCUUAGAUGUGACUUAAACUACUGUGGAGAUUUUCUGUAGUUUUUUUAAAAUGUAGACAUCAGAUUUCUUUCCCAAAACUGAACCAUGUUAUUUCAGUAAUAAUAGGAAUAAAUAAUUUAAAAAAUGUAGAUAUUUUUCUAAAAAGUCAAACCUUAAUGCCCUUAAUUCCAUCUCUCCACCAAGUUUCAUGAAGUUCAACUUGUUUGUUUUUUUCUGCAAACCUUCUUUUGUGCAGAUGAACAAACAGCAACAGGUUCCACCUACUUAAUGAGGGUAAUAAUAAUUCCUGCAUAGCACAGCUUUUGUCUUUUCUGUCUGCUAUUGGGGCAAAGACUGGUGGAAUUGCUAGAUUAAUAAGUGUCAUGUACUGUUUUUGCUCAGCAGCCACACAAAGGCUUUCAAUCUUCCAAGCAAAAGGGCACAUCUGCAGUCACUCUCUGUCCCCGUCUAUAAAAGUGAAACAUGUAUGAAUCAUGUUAUUUUCUUAUGUUUUCUGUAUGAUUUUAUCCGUCCAGCUGUACAUGUAGUGAAAAGGUCAAACUUCCAUUUACCUGAAUGUAAAAGUUUUUUUUUCUUUUUCAGCUGGGUGUAUUUUGUAAUAAUGUUGUUCCACUGUUGUUCUAAUGCAUUUCCACCUCUCAUCCUGUUAGCAGAGCUGGAAAUGAAUAAAAUUAAUAAAGUUUAUUCAGUACAUGUA